AUGGCAGAGACUUCGGAGAAAACACCUAUAGCUAUGGCUGGGCCAGAGGAUGUGGAACAGUGCUUGCCACCUGCAUAUACUGCGGUGACAGUGAAGCCAUCCCACAGUGGCCGUCUUCUGAAGGUUGGAGCUGCGGUUCUUAUCGCUGGAGCCGCUCUUCUUCUUUUCGGAGCUAUCGGCGCCUUUUAUUUCUGGAAAGUCAAUGACAAGCAUGUUUACAAUGUUCACUACAGUAUGAGCAUCAACGGGAAGGUUGAAGAAGGAUCCAUGGAGAUUGACACCAAAAAUAACUUGGAGAGGUUCCGAACCGGAAGUGGGAAUGACAAAGCCGUGGAAGUUCACGAUUUUCAUAUUGGAAUUACUGGAAUUCGGUUUGCUGGAGGGGAGAAAUGCUACAUUAAAACUCAGGCCAAAGCACACCUCCCAGAAGUAGAGACACUGAAGAAGGAGUCGAUGAUGUUUGACUUGGAGGAUGAGAUCAUGCCAGUCAAGUUUGAUGAGGAGUCUCUGAUUUGGGUGGCAGCAGACCAACCCUUAAUGGACAGCAGUUUCUUGAGCACCAAAAUCUUGGAACUCUGUGGGGACCUUCCCAUCUUCUGGCUCCGCCCCACAUACCCAAAAGACGGACGAAGGAAGAGGAGGGACGUCUUGAGGGCGAAGCGUCAGUCGGAGCCCUCCAGGUAUGACAUGGAGGCUUUUGAGGCAGCGGCCGAGGAGCGGAAUACGGUUGGCCGUGGGCAGAACGCAACCGCUAAGAGGGCCACUGAUGACGACGAGGAUUUUGAGGACGAAGACCUGACCUACAACCCCGAGAACCCCUAUCAUCGCAAUCUGGAGGGAGAGGAGGGCACCAUGACCUUUGACCCCAUGCUAGACCACCAAGGAAUCUGCUGUACAGAAUGCCGGCGUAGCCACACUCACUGCCAGAGGAUAUGUGAACCGCUGGGUGGCUACUGGCCGUGGCCCUAUCAGUUCAGAGGCUGCAGAGUGGCCUGCCGAGUGAUCAUGCCUUGCCGUUGGUGGGUGGGACGCAUAUUGGGUAUUGUGUAG